UCUAAAGUAAGAGCCCAAUCUUAUAUUUAAAGUUAAUGGGCUCCGAUACAGGUUGGAAAACCGAGGCCAAGGAAUAGUUUAGCAACCACAACAAAAGAUUUUGGAAAAAGCUCUACUGUUUUGCAAAAAAGUAGGGGGCCAUUCAAUUACCAUACAUUUGAAAUCGUUUUCAAAGCUGUUGCAUAUGUCAAACGGGUGCUCUUUCAAACGGGUGAGUCUGUGGAGUGCCUGGCUGGAUGACCCCUUGUUUUACGUCUGCUGGUAUUCGGUAAACAUUACCAUACCCAAAGCAGCCGCACUUGAUCACGUGCCGUAAUGAACUUUGCAUAGUUUGUUGAUUUGUGCACAGGGAUCUGACGCUGUUUAUGAGCUUUAUCAUCCAAGGGAACGGGCGACAAGAAAUCUCGGAAAAUCUGUUUUGUGGAAUCUGGUGUCAAAGGAUUGCAAUUUGCUAUAGCAUGCAAGCAAGAAUUAGAUACUCACCAUGGCUAGAUACUUGACCUCAGGGUAAAUUUUCUUGUUCAAAAAAUAUUGCCGAAAGAUGAAGCAAUUUCUAUUCUUUAUUUCGAUUGCUGGAUGUUUGAUCUUGCAAAACUUUUGCACAAAUCAUAUCGAAGCUAGAACAUUGAGCAAAAACUCAAUCACGCCAAGGAAAUUUCCCAGAAAGAAAGCAACACCAGCUAGAAAGGAAAAUGCAUCAAAAAGAUCAAAAUAUGACAGCGAAGUAGUCAGUAACUAUGCAACGGAGAACACGCCAGUAUUCUGGAAAGAUAGCUACAAUAGAAACAUAAAAGAAGCAGCUAAGAAAAACGAAGAAGGAACAUCUCCAGGUGGCUUUGAGCUGGGUACUGAUGAUCUACCCAGUACUGUUGGUCCCAAUGAAAAUAUAUAUGGAGGAUUCCCUGUCAAUGAUGUGCUUGGAGGCUUUGAACUACCAUCUCCUGAGACACUUGCCAUCCUGAAAGCCGCUUUAAAGAAGUAUGGGCCUCGCAAUGAGUAUGAGACCCAGCUACAUCAUGAUUUGGAAAACUGGGCAUAUGGUUACGAACAUCAUGCAUUGCCAGAGUAUGAUGUGAAAGACACACCUCCAUUUUAUGUGAAAAUGCUUCAAGGUCUUAAGAUGGCCGAGGAAGGGAAGAAGAAACCGAGCUGCCAGCAAGAUUCUGGGGCAUGUCAGCCAAUGUUUCAUUUGAAUGAUGACCAAUGUAAUAAUCUUGCAGGCAACUGUAUGCCUUCAAAGCCAAUAACAAAUUCCAAUUACGAAGAGCCAUGUCCUUGGAAGAUAAUAGAAAUGCUUUUUGGUUGCAAAAAGCCUGCUGGUCCGAAAAUACCGAGUGAAAAGCCAGAUGGAGCUGCCCCUCCAGCUCCCAAACCGGACGAGCCUGAAAAGCCAGCAGAAAAGAAGCCAGAUAAAAGCGAGGAUGAAAAGGAUUCUGAGGGAAAACCAAAGCCCAUUCCAAUAGAAUUUGAAGAAGGCCACGCAACCCCUCAACAUGUCGAAAAGCAAGUACAGGAUAUCAAAGAUAAUUCAAAUAAAGACCCGAACGCGCCUGUGUCAAGUGAUGCAAGGCAAAAAACUGCUAAAUUGCAGUCACAAAUUGGCCUCCUUGGAAUGCUGAAGUCAUUAGGUUCGGGAGAUCAACAAGCAAAGAGCUUGAUGAACAUUGGCCAACAUGGGCCUAAUACAACCACGAAGAAUGAGGAUAAAGAACAUCAUGGAGGUGCAAGGUCAUCCAGCAAGCCAAACCAGAAACCAGCCGUGCAGGAGGAUAAAGUAGAGCCAGAAUUCUCCUCGUGGACUGAAUGGUCAGCUUGCAGUGUCACGUGCGGCAAUGGUUCACUGUCACGGACUCGCAGUUGCCUCCACUGGAAAUGCGAUGGCAAAGUAAUCGAAAUUAAGGCUUGCAACAAAGAUACUUGCCCAGGCUACAUGGACUGGACAUCUUGGUCAGCCUGUGACGUGGUCUGUGGUCGCGGGCUUGAGAGAAGAAAAAGAAAAUGCUCCGGGGUCCGCUGUUCUGGAAUCUCAAAUCAAGAGCGAUCGUGCUUCAAAGAUCCAUGCAAAUCAGCUAUCGCAUCAUCGGUGCCCUCUUCAGCACGGCUACUGGCAUCCAUUGGUGCACCAUGGAGUAGCUGGUCUCAGUGCUCUUCAAAUUGUGGUUUUGGGGUGCAAACGAGGAAAAGAAACUGCAAAAGAGGCAACUGCGACUUGAAUAAAGAUCUGGUUCAAACAAAGAUAUGUCUUCGCCAGUCAUGUUCAGGCGAAAUAAAGAUGUCAGACAGUGUGCAAAAGACGUGCAUGUACAUUCACAAUAGCUACAGAAUAUCUCACGGCGCAAAUGAACUGAAAUGGUCAGAUAUUAUGGCGGACGCUGCAGAAAAAAUCGCGAAAGAAUUAGCAACGAAAUCUGCAACUGUAGCAGAUGCGAGGUCACUGGAGGACCCUGGUAUAAGCAUUAUGGUGAUGCCAUCUGGGGAUUCUUCGGACGUUGGUUUAGGGGCUGCCUGCUACACCGCCGCGAAAUCCUGGUAUGCUGAACAGAAAAACUAUGACUUCCAGAACCCUCAUUUGACAAAUGAUAACAAACAUUUCACGCAGAUGAUAUGGAAAGCUUCCCGCGAGGCAGGAUUCGGAGUAGCGAUGUCAAAAAGUACAAACAGAUUCUACUUUGUGGCCAAAUAUGACCCCCCUGGAAACCAAGACAGUUACGUGGGAUUUCGGAAAAAUGCUUUGCCAUUACAAGCUGACAACAGACUGGAUGAAGCUACAAUUGUGAAACGAUUGAAAUGAACCCAAUGCUAUACACUGAGGAAUAGAAUGGGGGUAUGGUGGUUACGUUUAGGGGCGGAUUAGAUUGUCUAUUAAGCAGAAUAAGCUAUUUAUUGUAGAAGACCCAGCUUGUGAGCUAUUCCAGAGCAAAAUGAAAAGGAAACAAGACAAGGCUUAAGGCCAGAUGACAACAUGAGCUGUGGAACUCUCCCAAACGUCUAUCGUCUCGGGUUCC